AUGGAGGGGCUCUUGCAUUACAUAAAUCCGGCGCAUGCCAUUUCACUUCUAAGCACACUGAAUGAGGAGCGUCUAAAGGGACAGCUGUGUGAUGUUGUUCUCAUUGUAGGAGAUCAGAAAUUUCGAGCUCAUAAAAAUGUUCUGGCUGCCAGCAGUGAAUACUUCCAGACUCUGUUCACGAAUAAGGAGAAUGAGUCUCAGUCAGUGUUUCAACUUGACUUUUGUGAGCCAGAUGCUUUUGAUAAUGUAUUAAACUACAUUUAUUCUUCAUCCUUGUUCAUUGAGAAAGGCAGUCUUGCAGCUGUGCAAGAACUGGGCUACAGUCUUGGAAUAUCCUUUCUUACAAACAUUGUUUCAAAGAGUCCUCAAGCUCCUUUUCCUGCUUGCCCUAUGAAAAAGAUACUGUAUCAAGAUGAAGAUGAAAGUAGUUCUCAGAAGAGAAGUGUCAUUGUCUGUCAGAACAGAAUUGAAGCACAAGUGAAAGGUAUAAAUCAAACACAACAUGAUUUAAGCCAUACUUCUAAACCUUCAUCCUCUGUUGCUGUCAAAACUAGCAGUAGACCACAAGUAACAAAACCAGCUGAAACCCUUCACAACUUGUCACUGACUGAAAGGAGAUGGCUGAAAGAAAGCCCUGUGAGCUACACCAAGGCUCAUGAAACUUCUGGAACUGUGGAGGAUCAGAGCAGAGGUGGUUUGCUGAAAAGGAACACAGUACUUCCUCAAAUGCCUUUAGCAGAAAAAGAAAUUGCAAGCGAUGAACCAGGAAGCAGUGGUCAGCUUUUAAGAGGAAAGGCUGCAGAGAUGUCAUUAAAAAGAUCACGCCCACCAGUCUUGUCUCUGCGGGGUACAUCAGAAUCUACGUUUUUGUUGCGAGAGGCAGGAAAAGGAAGUUGUCAAGGUGAAGACAGGAAUUUGCUGUACUACUCAAAGUUAGGGCUAGUGAUCCCAUCUAGUGGAUCUCGUCCAGAAAACCAAAGUAUUGACAGAAGUGGGCCACUUGUAAAAAGUCUCCUUCGAAGAUCACUGUCCAUGGACAGCCAGGUUCCCAUUUACUCACCUUCUGUUGAUUUAAAACCUUCACAGGUAUCAUCAUCCUCCUCACCGGGAAGUAAUGAUUCCCAGAAGACAUUUAAUGUUGUAUCUCAAAAGUCAUCCUUGAAAGAGUCAUCAGAGAAAUUAGUCGUAGAUGAAAAGCCACAGGUAAUACACCCACAUCGCCUUAGGUCUUUCAGUGCCUCUCAGUCAACUGAUAGGGAGGUUUCUUCUCCUCUCACAGAGGUGCGAAUAAAAACUGAACCUAGCAGUCCACUUUCAGAUCCUGCUGAAAUAAUAAGAGUUACAGUGGGUGAUGCUUCAGCAUUGGCAAAUAAAAACUUUUCUUUUAAAACUGAGGAUGAUCAUAAGGAACCAAGUAGCCUUCCAGCAAAAAGGAGAUUUCAAGCUGAUAGAACAAUACCAUUCAAGAAACUGAAGGCAGAUGAGCAGGGUUCUCCUGGGUCAGAAGAUAACUUUGAGGAGGGCUCAAGCCCUACGCACCUUGAUGCUGAUUUUCCUGAUUCUGAUGUCAGUAAAGAUGAAUACAGUGAGUUGGAAGAAGCAAGACCAAAUAAAAAAUUUAAAUGCAAGCACUGCCUUAAAAUUUUCAGGUCAACAGCAGGUCUUCAUCGUCAUGUUAACAUGUAUCAUAAUCCAGAGAAGCCCUAUGCUUGUGACAUAUGCCACAAGAGAUUUCACACAAAUUUCAAAGUGUGGACGCACUGCCAGACGCAACAUGGAAUUGUGAAGAAUCCCUCACCAGCUUCCAGUUCGCAUGCUGUUUUGGAUGAAAAAUUCCAAAGAAAACUGAUUGAUAUAGUGAGAGAGAGAGAAAUUAAGAAGGCUCUAAUCGUUAAACUAAGACGUGGCAAGCAAGGUUUUCAGGGACAGUCUGCUUCACAAGCACAACAAGUCAUCAAAAGGAAUUUAAGAUCGAGAACCAAAGGAGCCUAUAUUUGUACCUAUUGUGGGAAAGCGUUUCGUUUCCUCUCACAAUUUAAGCAGCACAUAAAAAUGCACCCAGGGGAGAAACCAAUUGGAGGAAAUAAGGCUCUUAAGCAGAAAGAUCAUAUUCAUAUUGAAAGUCCAGCAGAAAACAAAGAGGUUUAUCAGUGCCGUCUUUGCAAUGCUAAGCUCUCUUCACUUAUUGAACAGGGAAAUCAUGAGCGACUCUGUAGAAAUGCUACUGUCUGUCCUUACUGCAGCCUUAGAUUUUCUUCUCCAGAGCUGAAGCAUGAGCAUGAAAGCAAGUGUGAAUACAAGAAGCUUACUUGUCUUGAGUGUAUGCGUACCUUUAAAUCAUCCUUUAGUAUUUGGCGUCAUCAAGUUGAAGUUCAUAAUCAAAACACAAUGGCUCCAUCAGAGAACUUUUCUUUACCUAUCCUGGAUCAUAAUGGUGAAAUAACUAGUUCAUCAAGAUUGCCUUCUCAGGCAGAAUCCAAUAAAAUGAACAAUUUUGUUACUGCAAAGGAAGAUGGUAUGUUCAGUGAUUCGUCAGAACAAAUAAAUUUUGAUUCUGAAGAUUCCUCGUGCCUACCCGAAGACCUGAGUGUUUCCAAGCAGUUUAAAAUUCAGAUCAAAGAAGAGCCUGCGGAUGAUAUAGAGGAUGAGGUCACCGAAACAAGCAGGGAGCCGAAGGAAGUAGUCUCCAACAAAGAUGCUGGUUUGUGGCCCUGUGAAAAGUGUGGGAAGAUUUUCACUGUACGCAAACAGCUGGAGCGUCACCAAGAGCUCUUAUGCUCUGUGAAGCCAUUUAUUUGUCACGUGUGUAACAAGGCCUUCCGAACCAACUUCCGGCUGUGGAGUCAUUUCCAGUCUCAUAUGUCACAGGCCGCAGAGGAGUCCACAAAUAAGGAGCCUGAGAUAUGUCCACCAGCUAAUUCUCCAUCACCCCCACCCUUACCUCCCCCCCCACCCCUCCCCAAAAUCCAGCCUUUGGAGCCUGAUAGUCCGACAGGCUUAUCUGAAAGCUCCACUACUACUGAAAAAUUGUUUGUACCACAGGAGUCAGAUACACUCUUCUAUCAUGCUCCACCACUCUCAGCAAUCACUUUCAAAAGACAAUACAUGUGUAAACUCUGUCAUAGGACUUUCAAGACUGCUUUUAGUCUUUGGAGCCAUGAACAGACACACAAUUAGCUUUAACAGAUAAGUUUAAAAGCUGGUUCAUUGGAGGCUGUAUUCAGGAUCUCAGAUGUAUGCCAUAUAAACUAGAAAUUCAAGAGGAUCAAAAUGACAACAAGGAUGACGAAAAAUUUGGAAUUUGUGAUGCUGCUUGGAUUUGAAGAUUAAGGCACUGUGUUGGCAAGUGUCUAAGCCUAUGGUUAAGUUCCUUUGAGAGCAGUCUUAAUUUUUUUAAAACAUGUGCUUAAGCUCUUUGGUAAAUUGGGACCAUGAUCAACCUUGAAACAGCAAUGGCAGAAAAUACGUACACAACCAAAAGUUUAAGUUAAUUUUCCUCUACAUAAAAACUGCAUCUACAGCUAGGGUAUAGUUCUGUGGUUUUAUAAAAACAAAGGACAUGAACCAGUAACAAUAGAGUCUCUACUUUUGGGGGAUUUUUUUGUACUGGGGGGUGAAACACCCUCUGACAGUUAAUUGGGCAGAUAACUUGCUGAAACAGUGGGUGACACUAGAAUUUGUCAUAUGUGCUUCAGAAGGGAGAUGUAGCCUUAUCCACGAACCAAAACACAGCUCUAAAAAGUCUUCUUCCUGCAUUUCCUAUUUAGGCGGGCCUUCUAGUGACAUCCAGUAGAUUUUUAUUUUUGUCUGAUGUUUGUUUGUUUUUCCCCAAGUAAGACAGGCAGGUUUGGUCUGAAGCUACACAUACUCUUUGUUUCCAAGCUUCCAGUGAUAAAACUAGAAGUUACUCACAUGGGAUAAGGACAGACUAUGCCUAGCUUUCUGGCACUAAACAGUGAGGGUGCAAAUAUCUGGCAUGAGCCUGUAAUCUGGCAGGUGCCUAUACUGUUUAAUAAAAUUGUUUACAUUUUCCUACUAGAAGAUUUAGAUAAAAAUCAAAGCAAACUUAAGGGUUUGGGGUUUGUUUGGUUUUUUUAAAAUGUUACUGUUAAUGAAUCAGUGUUAAAAACUUUGUUGUUGUUUUUGUUGAACACAGCCUAAUAGUAUUUUUUUAAUGUCAUUGAUUCUUGUUUAUUUAAAACAACUUGUGGAAAACUGUACUAUAACUGUUGUACAUAAAGGGACACUAUCAAGAGAAAGGUUGUAUACAGUAAAUGUACUUAUCUGUAUUAAGGAUACUUGAUACUAAUAAAAUCAAAGAAUUUAAAAACAGGAAUUGAGUCAUAACGAGCUGCUUUGGCAUCCUCAAUUGUUGCAAGGAUGUCUGAAAAAUAUAUCUGAAUUCUGUGGGUUGAGCUUAUUUUCCAUGUUGCUUUUUCUCUUGCUAUUCCAAAAUAAAGGACUCAAUCCAUUUUUUUGCUUUUCUGGUUCCUCAGCCAUACAAAUUACCUUUUAAAGAUGCAAGCUUCCCACUAUUGCAGCAGCAUCUUUAAUUAAAAUACGUACAUAAAACCAGAACAAACUAUCUUUUGCAAUGUAUCAUGCAAAAAACUUAUAAAGUGCACAUUUUAAAGCUUAUUCUUGACAGUGUCCCUUUAAAAAAGAAGCCAGGAAAAUGGGAUCACAUUUAGUGCUUGGGUACAGAGGAAUAGUUUCUUACAGUUUCUAGAAAUUUGAAUUACCCAAUAUAUUUGCUAUGGAGUUUUCCAGUUACACAAAAUCACUUGUCAUUUUAAAGGAUUAUAGAGGUAAGACAGAAGAAGCUGGUUUUAUAAUCCCGUAUACCUUACAGUCAUUCUAUAUCCAUUCAAUACCUGAGAAUGGCUUUUUACUUUUUUUUAGGACUGAGACUUAAUAGCUUAGGGUAACUUUUUCUUUAAUGUAAUGUAAAUCCAUUGCUGCUUUGUACAACUUUUUCUACUGUGUGUUUUCUUUACUUAGAUCUUGACUAAGAAAUGUUGGCGCCCAAUAAACUUACACUUUGUUUCUUUUGAA